AUCGGACAGUGUUCAUACCUUGUUUUUGUGCACCUGAACAGUGCGGAUGAGUUCAACUAUCGCAGUACACCCUCACGUAACCCGCAGACUCUAUAGCAGUUAAGCAGAAGGCACAGCAAAGGGAAACGGAGCAGUCGCAGACGCUGCCAUCGAGCUAAUCACCCGUUAUCCCACUUUCAAUGGUGUAUAUCCAGUCUACCGAAAGCAUUUUCUUUUGUGCACGCUCCUUGCAUCCUGUCAGCCUGUUCGACAAGAAAAACCCGUCAAGAUCUACGAAAACUUCCCAUUCGCGGUGGCGGUAUCGGAUAGUGACAACGACAGUAGAUACGAAUGCCUGACGGCGAGGAGAAUGUGGCUGCUACCCGAAGAAAAGAAGGGAGAAUACGUUUGGCUGCUGGCUGGGCACGACGGCAAACCGAAACAAACGGUUAGCUUCUACGUAUUCGAAGGAAGCAGCCCUGACACAGUCCGCUUUACAGUGGGCUCUGAGGACUCACCAUCUCAUGAGGCAAAGUUCGACUACACCGACUACGACAACUGCGCUGUCCUCGACAUGCCAUACAACGGACGUCAAUGUAUGUUGUGGACGAAAGAAACAACCAAAGAUUUGGUGCCCCAAAAAUGCUUGGAUGAGUUCAUGAAGUAUUGUGGCGUCGGCGCUCCACUUUACAACGGGGACCUUUGCAGUGAAGAUGAAGUAGCCGAAUGGUGAUGAAGAAAAGACCUCUUUGCCACCGGGCUGACAACUAGAAAUAAUUGAUUUCACUAUGACCACUUUCACCGGUGGUAUCCAUGCAACUCCUUAAUAAAUCUUGG